AUGACGAAUCUGGGAUCCUCUUCCUCUUCUUCCUUCACUCAUUUAUGGACAUAUAUAUCAUGUCUUCUUGAGCUUGAUACACGCAGCGGUUUCACUGGCCACUUGUACAAGGCUCUAGUUGAUAAGGGAAUUUACACAUUCAUUGAUGAAAGCAAGCUUAAAAGAGGAGAAGAAAUAUCAUCAGCACUUCUCGAAGCAAUUGAAGACUCAAAGAUUGCUAUCAUUGUAUUCUCCGAAAACUAUGCCUCAUCUACGUGGUGCUUGGAUGAACUCGUUAAGAUUCUUGAAUGUAAGGAAUCAAAUCAACAAAUAGUCAUGCCCAUGAGCCCAUCUUUUACAAGGUGGAUCCAUUUCAUGUACGAUACCAGAGAGGUAGUUUUGAGGAGGCAUUUGCUAGACAUGAAUCCAAAUUCAAGGAUGACCUGGCCAAAGUCAACCGAUGGCGAGCAGCUCUUAAAGAAGCAGCAGAUUUGUCGGGGUGGCCAUACUUGA